CACUCUAAGAAUGCCCCCCAGUAUAUUUGCAAGAAAUAGCUCGGAGAUUGAUUGGUGUGAAGUAAACUACCUGCACUCGGAAUAUGUGGCAGAAUACUACAAUACGGUCAGUAAUAUUUCCUUCCUGUUGGUGGGUCCCCUCAUGAUGUACCUCUUGCACCCAUAUGCCUGCAGACGCACACUGAUGGUCCACGGAGUCUGGAUCUUGUUUAUUGUGAUUGGUCUCUUCUCCAUAUACUACCACAUGACCCUUAGUUUCUUUGGCCAGUUACUUGAUGAGAUCUCCAUUAUGUGGGUUAUUUGCCUUGGCUAUUCUAUAUGGUUUCCUCAGACUUAUUUCCCCAGAUUCAUCAGAAGCAGGGGUCAGUUUUGCACAGUCAUCUUCAUCAUAGCAGUAAUCAGUACACUGAUGUCAUUUGUGAAGCCUACAGUCAACGCCUAUGUCCUAAACAGUAUAACCGUCCACAUACUGUAUGUUUUGGUGAAGGAGAUAAGAAAGUGCACUGACCGGGACAUUAUUAAUUUGGCAAUCGUGUCUUUUUGUUUGUGGUUUGUGGCCAUUUCUUGCUGGCUUAGUGAUCGCCUCUUCUGUAAUUUCUGGAAAAGGAUCAACUUCUGUUACUUGCAUAGCUUCUGGCACAUCUUUAUUUGUCUGACUGUGGGCCACAUAAAUACCGUCUUUGCCUUUUUUGAUGCUAAGUAUGAGAUUCCGGAGUGUAAUCUGCAAGUUCAGUAUUGGCCAUUCAAGUCCACAAGAAUUGGAUUGCCCUAUUUAGCCAUCCCCACAAACAAGGUUAAAAAGCACUGCUAGCUCAUAGGACUCAACCAGACAUUGCAACAAUGAAGUAACCCUAAUCAGAAAUCUC